AUGGAUACGAUAACUGAUCGCAUUUCUUCCAGUGUUGGCGACCAGCAUCGUGGAGGACCCAGGGCCAUUGGGAUGCCCAAUGGCCCAGCUGCUUCAACGGCAAACCCCUUCGAGGAGCCCCAGCGCCGAAUAAACGAGUAUACCGCACAGGAAAUCGCUACGCUACAGUCUCGACUUGAUAAGAAAUUGGGACCGGAAUAUAUCUCAUCCCGACCGGGUGCUGGAGGAGCGAAAGUACACUAUCUCUCAGCAGACAAAUGCAUUAGUCUUGCGAAUGAAGUGUUUGGGUUCAAUGGCUGGUCCAGCUCAAUCCAAAAAAUCGACAUCGACUUUAUUGAAGAAAGCCAAACCACAGGCAAAACCAACCUUGGCUUAUCAGUCAUAGUUCGCGUGACACUGAGGGAUGGCACUUUUCAUGAGGACAUUGGCUACGGUCACAUCGAAAAUUGCAAAGGAAAGGCGGCAGCAUUUGAAAAGGCGAAAAAGGAGGGGACCACCGACGCGCUGAAGCGAACAUUAAGGACAUUUGGCAAUGUUCUCGGCAAUUGUGUUUAUGAUAAGGACUACCUCGCCAAAGUGACUAAAGUGAAGGCCACACCGGCAAAAUGGGAUGUCGAUGAACUUCACCGCCAUCGUGACCACGCUCCUAUUAAGAAAGAACCUAUUAUUCCAAAACCAACCAUAGAAGAUGAUGACUUACCGCCACGUCGUCCAGCUGAGCUAGCGAGAAGUAGCAUCCCACAGAACAACGCUAUUCCUGAGGAUGGUGGAGAAUUCGGAAGUGACGUCUUUGAUGAGGCUGAUUUUGUGGUUUCUGCCUCUGCUGGAAAUCCCGAUGAAAUCGCAAUAGAGGAGCCUACACGGCAACAACCGCCAACACCUAUGAACCGGCCGAUUCCUCCACGAGGACCGCCUACAGGGCGAUUUGAUCCCAGCGUAGUGACGCCUUCAAAACCAGACAGAUGGAAUGCAGGGAAUCAACCUACACGACAAUCAUUACCACCAAAUGGCCGACCGAAUCCAAAUGCCAUUCCAGACCCCAGACGUCCAAUGCCGGGGCCCGGUCAAGUCAAUAAUAUGCCCAAUGCUAGAGCCACUGUGCCACCUCAAGCGCGCCCUGGUCCCGAUGUGAACAUGCAAAAUAAUAACAUGCCGCCUGUUAAGCGAGAGCCUGCUCCUGGCUUUAACCCAGAUCAAAACCAAGUACCCGCUGGUUCUCAAACUGUUGGCUUUUUCUCUGCAAGAGUAGCAGACUCUCUCCGCGAUAACCCUAAUGGCGCUCCUAUUCCAGGGUCUCAAUUCGAUCCGCAUGCAGAGAGCCCAUCCAUUCGCAAGACCGCGGGAGUUGAUCAUAGCAAAAGUGUCCCUAUCAAGAGACCAAUGCUUUCAACUGCUUCGCCAGCGGCAAAUAACUCACGCGAUUAUGCCAAUCCCGCAACUGACCUCCAACGUAGGGUCGGUGCACCUGGUGCACCUGGUGGUGGUGGAGGAGGAGGAGGAGGAGGAGCAGGAGUGGGUAGCCCAUUAUCCAGAGGUCCAUCAACAUCAUCAUACCGCCCGUUGACCCGUCUAAAUAUCGAUGCUAGAGCCGCACCUAACCCUGCAGCCAUUAAUCGAGGUAGCGUGCCUCCACAACAUAACCCAAACGGCAAGCGUCCACCUUUGAGUGAUGUCACCAAUGCCACCACAUCGCCCGGGCCGAACCCCGUCCCUACUACCACCGGACAAAAUGAGCCCAAGCGGCCCCGAGUGUCUGAUGUUGCUGUCGAACAACCCCAGCAACCACCCCAACCUGCGGCAUAA